AUGAGCUCCCGAGUGUGCUGUGGGACUCCUAAGGAAGGGAUCGGGGCAACUCCUUUCUACCUGGUGUAUGGCGGCGAAGCAGUCAUCCUCGCCAAAGUCGAAGUUGAGUCUGAUCGGCUACAACACUACUAUGAGGAUAACGCCGAGAUGAUGUUGCUGGAGCUGGACUUAGUGGAUGAAUCGCGUGCUAAAGCCGCCGUCCGAUUGAUGGCCUACCGCCAGAGGAUGAAACAGAACUACAAUCGGAGGGUGAUCCCGAGGUCGUUCCAGGUCAGCGAUCUAGUAUGGAAGAAAGUAAAGCCGGUCGGAGACGUCACCAAGCUGGAGGCCCCCUGGGACGGACCCUUCAAGGUCGUAGAGAAACUCCAGUCAUACGCCUACUACUUGGAGGAUGAGGACGGACGACGACUGGAGAGGCCGUAG